CUGCUCUUCAGGCCCUGAAGCGUAAGAAGAGGUAUGAGAAGCAGCUGGCACAGAUAGAUGGCACAUUAUCAACCAUUGAAUUCCAGAGGGAAGCCCUUGAGAAUGCCAACACCAACACUGAAGUGCUUAAGAACAUGGGCUUUGCUGCUAAAGCCAUGAAAGCUGCUCAUGACAACAUGGAUAUUGAUAAAGUAGAUGAAUUAAUGCAGGACAUUGCAGAGCAGCAGGAACUGGCAGAUGAGAUUUCAACAGCUAUCUCCAAGCCAGUAGGAUUUGGGGAGGAAUUUGAUGAGGAUGAACUCAUGGCAGAACUAGAGGAACUAGAACAAGAAGAACUAGACAAAAACUUGCUGGAAAUCAGUGGUCCUGAGACAGUCCCACUACCAAAUGUGCCCUCAAUAUCAAUACCCUCAAAGCCAGCCAAGAAGAAAGAGGAAGAAGAGGAUGAUGACAUGAAAGAGCUGGAAGCUUGGGCAGGAACCAUGUAACCACAGCAGUAACUGGCUGAAAAAAAAAAGACUUUGAUGACCUAUUCUGGGUGCAAAUGUGUUGUGUUGAGGAGCAAAGCAUAAGCAAAAUGUCUUUAAUUUUAACCCAGAGCAGUGGGAACUGCAUUGUUUUCUGCAUAGCAUGGUCUGCCCAAAGCAGAGAAGGGGGAACAGGGGGAAUUGCCUGCAGUCAAUACGGUUGAAAUUGUGUAUAAAGGUCUUUGCAAAAUCAAACCCUUCAGCUUUUGGACUGUGCUCCUGCCACUGCUGGAUCUUCAUCUUCAAUUUGGGCCAUAUUGAAUUGAACUAAGCUGAAAAACACUCUGUAAUUUUAAGUCUAAGUGUGUCUAGAAGUCUUGUAAGGCAUUUCCAAAGCAGGAAAAGUCCUAAGCCAUCAUUGGCUUCUUAUUGUGUUUUAGGUGCAAGAAUGCUUUAGGUUUUUAGUUCUUUGCCAGUUCUAUUUAUAUCCCUUGACUGAUGUGUGACCAGCCUUGUGUUUGUCACUGCCACGACGUAGUCACUGUUCCCAUUUGGAUUGCUGAGGAUGAUUUGCCAUUGAGAAAAGCUCUCUUGGAUGUAGGGAAGAAUUCAAGUUCAGUUGUACAUUUUUCUACAUAGCACUACAAUGUUUAUUGCUUUCUUUUGUGAUAAUUGAUAACCCAUUCAGAUACAUGCACAAAAUUAUUUUAAUUAAGAAACUACUAUGGAUUGCACUGUAUUAAAUAUCUCAAUUAAUUUUCA